UGUGUCAUGGCGUCCAAUUAUGUGCCUGAUGUGCUAGUGUUCUUAUGGUCCCGAUAAACUGUAAUAUAGGCUUUAAUAUACGUCAAUUUUCUGACCAUAAAGUUCUCAAUUGGCCUAGUAUUAAUGGUAAUGCAUGCAAGGAAACUUCCAAGGCUCAGCGAUGGGUAUUUUGACAGAACUCAGGCCCAUCCGUACGAGAACUCGAGCAAGUACAGCUCAAAGUCCAACCUUGGAAGUCGAUACAACGACAAAGUGCGCGAAUCGCCUUCAAAUGGUAGCCAUAGCCGGAUGGGUAGCCCCGACAGCCGACACAGCCCACGUUACCACAAAUCAUCGUCGUACAACCAGAGGCUCAAAGAUCGGGACAAAGACCACGAAAGAGGGUACAUUAGGUACGUUCAUGAAAGCAAGUACAGGAAUUCCUCAUCAGGGUCAAGCAAGGAUCGAUUCAGCAAGAACAGCUCAUUUGGCAGCAGUUCAAGCACCAGUGCAAAAGACGUGCACGUGUCCAAGUCUCGGCCAGUGGAGUCAACUACCCAUCGUAGCAAUCAUGAGAGAAGCCAUGUUGAGGUGCAGCUGCAACAAGAGCCACAGCAGGAGCAGCAGUUCCAACAGCAGCCGGUGGAUAGUAAAGACAGACGCCAGCAGGUGGGGGACUGGUCAGAACAUGUCAGCUCAUCUGGGAAAAAGUACUACUACAACUGUAGGACUGAGGUGUCUCAGUGGGAGAAGCCCAAGGAGUGGAUCGAUAAGGAAAACUACGCUGCACGCUCUUUCUGCCCUCCGACUUCCUUCGUGCUUCCUCGCCCGACCAAACACAAGCGAGCCGCUUCCUGUCCUUCUGAGGAGCGGUCGACAGCAGGCCAUGCACGCAGGAUGAUGUUUUUACAACAGCCUGGCGGGAGCAGCAAUAGCAGUGGAGUCAACCAGCCACUGGCAUCCUCCACACCAAGCGACCCUGGUGGGGGUCGACCUAAGUCGCACACACAGCAACGAACACCCACUUCGGUCGCUUCCCCAGCACCCACUACGGCAUUGGGUGCUACCACAGCUACUGUCACUACUUCCAGCAGGAGCCGCAUCAACAACCAGCAGAACAAGAAGCAUUCCACUGGUAGCAGUAGCAGCAGCAGUAGUAGCAGUAGCAGCAGCAGCAGCAGCAGCAGCAGCAGUAGUAGUAGCAGUACUAUCUCGGCGGGGUCAAGCUCUACUAUAGCUUGCCAGCAGCCAGUGUCAAGGCAACGCAACGACCCACGAAGGUGUCCGCAGCAGCGCAACGUGGAUCCUCGGAAAGAUGCGCAGACACAGGACAUGGAUAUUUCUCCACCAGCUGGAGGUGGGAACACACCAAACAGCACCCCGGAAGCAGUCCGCUCCUCAGCAUCUGCUAUGCUUCUGCCACAGUCACCAGUGACACUGGCCCAGUUGCCCAAAAUGAUGUCGCAGCUGGCUGGCACUCGUGGACUCCCCAAGUUGGACGACAUGUCUCCACAGGAAGCAUUUAGAACCCUACAGCAAGCUAUCCAGUUGACGAAACAAGCACAAACGGCUCAGGUGGAGUCGACCAACAGGGAGGCUGCCAGUAGUUCAUCACCCUACCAGGUGGUGCAUCCUGGCCGCAGCCUGCCACCCCUGCAGCAGCAACUGGUGCCAGCUGACAAGCUUCUGGUGGAUGUCAACCGACGUGGUGCUUCACCUGGUUCUGACUACAGUGCUCACUCAGCCAGGAGAGACAGCCCAACCUCCAGUGUGAGCAGUCUGCACAGCCUCAGCAACGCAGGCUCGCUUGUAUCUACAGUGCCCAAGCCCUCAGCUCCCAGCCUCACCCCCUCAUUGGUCAACUACUACAACGACUCACUCAUUGAACAUGUCUCAGGCUGGCAGGCCGACCAUGCCGAGCGACAGGCGAACCGGUACAGCGAAGAAGCACACAGCUUAGGAAGUUUAAACUGCACACGAGUUUCGGCUGAGCUCAAAAUGGCCCGCUCUCUGGUCAGAGUGUGUGAAAUUCAAGCAACAGUACAAGAACAGAGGUCCCUAUUUUUACGACAACUUAUUAAGGAGCUGGAAGAGCUGAAAAGCCAGGUGAACUUUAUGUCUGACUCAUAGUGAGUUUAGGUUUAAGGAACCAAGUUGCCACAUGGAGCACCGCCGGCAGGACCCGGCGUCCUGCUGUAGCAGCCUGCCAAGCCUCUUUUUUACACAGUGCCCGGUUUCAAGCAGCGCACUCUUCCCGACCUGUCCUGCGGUCGGCAUGCUUGCCAUUUUGCCGACUUUUGUACAUAACGCACUUGACGGGAGACAAAAGUUUUCAAAUAGAGAUGAGCCUCGUGGCUGUAUGCACGGUGAAUGGCCACUCAGUGAUGCAAAGAGUGGACGUGCAUAGCCUUCCGUGUGCCUUGCACGCUUGUGAGUGUUUUGGUAAGUUUGACUAAAGGCUGGUGCAUCUGUCUGGCUGCCACAACAUGCGUGUUGUACAUAUAAUGCGCAACCCCGGUCAUGCUUGACCAUUCUCCUGGGUUUCUUUUGUUUUCUUUGUUGUAUAUUUCAAUAGCAUUUUGAAAAGGGGUUUCAGCUCUUGGCUGAAAGAAGCAGUUGCAGUGUACAUAACAUCUCUGUCUUUGCUCUGUGUGUUUUUUCAUCACUGCGCAUUGGGGUAACUGUACUACAUGGUUUUUCAUACUAGAGUUAUGCGGUCGAAGGAAUGGACUUUUAAUAAACUGAUGUGUGCAAUGCUUUCUCAACUCCUUGAGCUGUGUAGGAUGCCCUGCGUUGGCAACUUAAAAACAUCUUUGCAAGUUCCGUGCAGCCGGGCCCAACACUCUGCACACUUUGUUGAUGGGCCCCAUUAUUGUUGAGCCUGAAGCUGUGUUGUGUGUGCACUGGCCAUUAAAAGCUUUAGGUUUCUGCACUACUGUUGGGCCUCUCUUGUUGGAUGGCUUGAUGACAACUCUCAAGAAAUGCCCACUGGUGGUGCUGCCAUUUUGUGCUAAUGGAAUUCAAAGCAUCCUUAUUUUUCUGCUCUUCACACAUAUUUCUUUUUCUGUCCUCGUUAUAAAAUUAUACAAUUCUUCAAAAGGAGUGUAAUAAACCGAGUUUGUUGCGCA